GAGGAACAGGUCUGAGUAGCUAGUAUAAAAGCAACGUCUAGCUGGCGUGGAUCAUCAGUAAACGUAUUUUACGCUUAGCAGCUACCUCACUCGAAAUGUUCAAAUAUCUGCUGGUUGUCGCUCUUAUUGGCCUGGUUGCCACUGUGGACCUCGAUGAGAAGGCUGAGACACUUGAGCGCAAAGACGAUGUGCGUCCCGAUGGCUUUAAUAUCCUUCUUAAGACCAGCAAUGGCAUUGAGAUCGUGCAGAGCGGAGAUGAGCAUGGCAAUUCAAAGGGCACCUUCAGCUGGGUCUCGCCCGAAGGUGUGCCCGUCUCUCUAACGUAUGUGGCCGAUGAGAACGGCUAUCAGCCCCAGAGUGACCUGCUGCCCACACCUCCCCCAAUCCCGGCUGAGAUCCAGCGCGCUCUUGAGUGGAUCGCUGCGCAUCCCAGCAAGGAACAACUCUAAUAGAAAUUAUCAGCCAUAGAGCCUCUCUCUAAUUAUUUCAUGCUCACGUAGCAGACGUUAAGCGUUAAAUAAAAAAUUCACAUUCCAGUU